AGACACUGUUUAUUUAUGUUCUACUCCUUCCAUUUUAACAGCAUCUACCAUUUGCUCAACAUGAAAUAAUCUAUGACUCUGCUGUGUCUGGUGGUAUGGGUGAAUGUGGACGCUUCAUCAGCUCAGACUGAGCCCAAGGAUUUCUGUGGACCACCUCCACAUCUCAUAAACGGAGACACAAAGGACGAUACCAGAGAAAGCUACAGACACGGAGAAUCAGUUCAUUAUAACUGCCAGAAAUACUACAUCCUUGAGCCCCCUUCAGCGUUCAAGACGUGUCGUGACGGGAUCUGGACAGGACCGAUAACCUGCCUGAAACCCUGCACUGUGGAUGAAGAGCUGAUGAACACACAGAACAUCCAAUUUAAAUAUCCUCCGGAAGAUCAAAAUAAACUCUAUGCCACACAUGGAGAUCAUAUCACUUUUAAGUGUACUGGUCAUAGUAGACUGAGCCCAGGUAGUGUUAAUUUUCGCCAGCAGUGUAUACAUGGGGUCAUGAACUUGCCUCAUUGCCAAUAGUGGCUUCGUCUUACGGGAAGAGAUGGGCACUGGCUUGUUGGGAAAACAUGUCAAUGAAUAACCCCUGUCAAUAGUUUGCUCAAAUUAUUUGCAUAUUCAUUGUCUGAAUAAAUGUAUGUUGUUUCAUGAUUGUCCAACAUUAAAUAAAGUGCUGCUGGUUCAUA